GCUUGUAAGACCCAAGUGUUGGUUUAGUUGCAGUUUUCUCAGAAGAUCUCUUUCUGAUAACACGACUUUAUUGUCCUCGAGGGGAAAUUUAUCCUACGCACAGUGCUACUCGGCAAAGCGCAUCAUCUUUCUUUUAAAAUUUUGUAUCUUAUUUAUUACAUUCAAGUGCAAGUUCAGCGUUCAUUUUACAUGAUUUUUUUUCCAAAGUGCAAGUCUUUGAUACAGAAAUUUUAUUUAUUGCCUUUUGUUUGUUUUAACUAGUUUUUGUGUGGUUUGCACGGAUAAGGAGUAGCACUCAAAUUUUAGUUGUAUAUUUUUUACAUUCAGAAAGGCUUUCUAAUUCUAGAGACAAGCCGAAACAAUGUUUAAAAUAAGCAGACACAAGAUCAUGCAUCAGCCCAUAAUGGAGCUGCUUCGUCCAAUCGUCCAAUUACAUCUGGUCAAGCUGGCUUCGAAUGACUGUACCAUGGUGCCAUUCGAGUGCAUUACAAAGGCCACAAAAAAUACCCUACAGGACAUGUGUGUGGAGAUUAUGAACACUGUAUCUGUACGCGUUUAUAAGGAAUUCCAACAAAGUCUGGCACAGAAGAGUGGCUUGCAUUUGACUCAAAGCUGUUCCAAAUCAGCCAGAAGGGCUUCUGUUUCUGAUGUGGUACGGGAAGAAAUCUUCAUAUCCCCAAAUCUGGGUGAGAUCGUUCCACUGAUUCUUAUAGACGUGAUGGGUAUUAAAGAUGCCGUUAGGGUAUGUAACAGCUCUUACGCAAAGAAUCUAGCAAUGGUCGUUGUGAAUGAAAUAAAGGAGAGGAUAGCUGCGGAGCUCAUAGGUUGUGGGAGCGGCAGUGGCAGUACUGGGGAGAGCAAACUGCUGGGGCAUAAGUCUAUCAUGCAGGAACAGACAUUAGAGUUACUAGUUAGAGAUGUCUUCAAUGUUCUUCAAAUAUGUAAACAAAUGAUCUCUACACCAACCCCAAAUUAUAACUUGACUGGUCACCAAAGACCAAAAGAAAUAUUGAAAGAAGAAUUGAAGACAGAGCAAGACCAGGAGCUGUCUAAGGAGGAGGUAUGGUACGACACCUUAACUGACCUGAAAGAGGAUGAACCGGAAAAAGUGUCAUCUGGGGAAAACCUUGUGGUUACAUCCACCAACGCUGUAACGAGCAUUGAGGGGAUGAUGGCCGAUGAGAAACACAAUCUGAAUAAGCCCAGCCCUUCUGAGGAUGCAGUCAAGCCAGCUGAAGCUGAUGAAAGUGCUCGUCACAACACAGCAACUACCAGCGCUACUAAGAUCGUCUCCCGGGAAGCUGCAAUCACUGAUGAACCAGCUAUGAAUGAAAAAAAUGAUGUAGCUGCUUGUAGGCCAACAGCAACUACCAGCGCUCCUAAGAUCGUCUCCCAGGAAGCUGCAAUCACUGAAGAGCCCGCUAUGAAUGAAAAAAAUGAUGUAGCUGCUUGUAGGCCAACAGCAACUACCAGCGCUCCUAAGAUCGUCUCCCAGGAAGAUGCAAUCACUGAUGAACCAGCUAUGAAUGAAAACGAUGACGAUGAUGUAGCUGCUUUUCAGACAACAGCGCACCCAGUCCAAGAGUGGGACGAAUUUAGAUGCCACUUAAUGGUGUCUGUGGUGAUCCUCCAUAUAGAGCAAAAUAUGUCCAUUAAUCUGCCUGCUGAUGAUAUCAAAACCAUCAUCACUACACUGACAGACAUGCUUUGGGCAGAAACAGCAGGCUCUUCCUUUGAUGUCAUGCCAAAUUUUACACGAACAUUGAAGGCCGUGCACAAGGAUCUCUGCAAGAAGAAAAAAGCAGAGGUGCUGCUAAAUAAUACAUUGACUUACACUGACAUAUAUGAAACUCUUAAUAGACACCUGGUGACACCAAAAAAGAGGAGCUGUGUUACCCGUUUCUUCAGAUCUGUUUUCAAGCCAUUCGCAGCCUGCUUCAGAUGUGUACACCUACACUAAUCAUUGGCAACAACACCUGGUUACAUUGGUGCCGUGACCUGGAUGGGAGAGAGGUUUAGGGGGGUGAGUGUGAGGACCAAGGUUAGUGCCCAUGGAUAUAAGCCUCCUCGUCAGCGUGUCCACCUCCCGUAUCAGAGGUCACCGGCUCGAGUCAGGACUUUGCAGUACGUUCU